AUGAGGGCGAACUUGGUGGCUGAUGGCAACAAGGUGGCCAUCAAGGGUGUGGGAACCAUAAUGGAAAAGGUGGUUCUGCCCAACGGUGAAGAGCGUGAGAUCGAAAUCAAGAACGCGCUAUAUGUUCCAAGUAUGAGCAAGAACCUGCUCUCGGUACCACAGAUUAACAGCCAUGGCAAGUUUCAAGUCGUGUUUGACGGGUCCAAGAUGUAUGUGACUCUCAAGAACUCACAGGAAGUGGUGGCGACAGCGGAUCUCGUGGAUGGACUCUACUGGCUUCGGACGACUCAACUAUCAGCGAAUGUGACAACAAGUGGAACCAGUUGUGCCGAUCUACAUGCGAGAAUGGGUCAUGCUCCAGUCGAUGUACUUCGCAAGAUGAUCGCGACCAACAUGAUCAAGGAUGUGCGAGUCCCUCUCAAGUCGGGUGGAGCAACUACAUGUCGAGGAUGUCAACAAGGGAAAAUGGUCCAAAAACCAUUUCCAAGCAACCGAGACAAGCGCAGCUUGCUGACGGUCAUCGGUUUCUACCAGUAUUGGUAA